AUGAAUAUAUACCAUUCUGUAGAUUUUUUACAGUCAUACCAGCCACUUAUUAAUACUCCUACCCCAAAAAUGGGUGAUACACCCACAAAUCACAAAAGUCUGAAAGACAAAUUAAUUCAAUCAUCCAAAACAACUCAAAAUUCAAAACCCAAUGCCACAAUGACCAACACCGCACACACUGCCAACAUAAUAGAUAACAACACAAAUGAGCCAUCAAAACCUGCACAACACUCCGACAAAGAAGCCACCAAUGACCCAAUUAAAAACAUCGACACAAAUAUCUACAAUCAUGAUUUCACCGACAUAGCCAACAGUAUACAGAGUGUGUCCAGUGACAAACAUUCAUUAUAUCAAAACAUCAAUAUUGAAUCCGAAAAACAAGCCUCAAGUAAAAAAUCUUUCGCUGAAACCACUCUAAAUGCUACCUUACCAAAAAAAGAACAAGCAAUUGUUUUUGAUUCCAUUGACAAUAAACCUCAGAUUGAAUAUAUCAUUGCAUUCAGCAAAUUAAUACCGCCAAAACAUAAUCAAAUUCGAUUCUUGUAUAUCAAAUAA